AUGGGGAGAGGAGAAGGAAAAGCUGCACUUGAAGUUUUUAAUAAAUUUCAGGUCUUUCAAUGUGUGCCAAAUCAUGAUACAUAUUACUUUACAUUGCAAGCUCUUUUGAAUACUAGUUGUAGUCCUGAUAUGAUCCACCAAGCUGCUUCUAUCUGUCAAAACAUGCUGCUGCUCUUUCCUCAUGAUCAACAUGAUGGUGGCUCUUCUCAUGAUCAAGAAUACACCCAACCUCCUCUUAGUCCUGAUGACAGCCACAGUGACUUCCAGAUUGCGCUGACAUUUCUUGGUGGUAUUCCUCGUCCAUAUCUCGAAGGCUGUGUGUGUGCAAAUCUUAAUUUAAUGGAUUUUAGCCCUCUGCGUCAACAGCUGCACCAUUUUGUACUCAAAACUAUUGAAACCUCUCGUCAAACUAAAUUAAUUGAAACCCGAAAGGUUUCGCCUCAUAAUCUUAUCCACUUUAUUAAGUGGGCUUGGCAGAGGAGUAACAAUAAUAAAGAUCUCAUCACUACCCCUGUUCUGGAAUCCCUUGUUUCGGCAAUAUGCGAUGGUUCCAUGGAUACGUAUGAUGUUCAUCUAAGGAAGAACAACAUACUUUUUCUGUGGGACUUGCUUAAGCAUAUUGGCCACUGUCACACUGGUCUUCUUAACACCCGAAUUCUCAAUCAGCUCCUACAUUCCUUUGGGUUUAUGUUCGACCAAGGAAAGACUGCCCUAGAAGUUUUUCAUAAAUUUGAGGUAUUUCAAUGUGUACCGAAUCAAGAUACAUAUACCUUUACACUGCAAGCUCUUUUGUCCACAAGGCUUGAUAUGCCCCACCAAGCCGCUUCUAUCUGUCAAAAGAUGCUGCUUCAUCCGGAAACCCUCCUUCCUGAUGACGGUGAGUUACUUGGCAACAUAUUAUCUUGGUUUUCUCGAAACAAUAUGACUGAAGAAGCCUAUGCUCUCUAUCUGGCUGCAAAUGAGAAACGGAAAACAAACCCUAAUUGGUCCCCACAGUUAAAUAUGUUGUUACCGCUUGAUAUGAUCAGAGUACUUUGUUCAAAAAAAGAAACUGUACAUUUGGCUUUUGAGAUGUUGAAUGAUAUCCCUAAGGAGUUGGCGGACGAGGAAGAUUUGUUUUUAAAACAAAGACUCUGUAUGCAUGUUGCCGAAGCCUUGUGCGGGUUUAAAGAGUUAGAGGCAGCCAAGCAAUUGAUCCUUAAACCGAUUGCAGACAGCCAACAUCCUUCAAUGUAUGUUGUAACUACAAUUAUUACUGCCUAUGUUAAAGCUGGGGAAAUCAGACAGGUUUUGGAGAUGGUGAAGCUAUUGGAAAGUAUAGGUUUUGACAUUUGUGAGCCUCUUAUGUUUGGUUUUGGACGUUCAAAUGGUAUGCUACAGAUUAGGAAGAUCUUGGAAGAAGCCAGAAAGAAGGAUUAUAAGUUAAUCACUGCUCUGCUGUACCAUACACUCAUUGUUGGAUGUUGCAGGCUGCAGAAAUUUGAUGACGCUCUCAAGUUCUUGACUCAGAUGAAGGACUUUGGUGUCUCCCACAUCAAUCUUGAUGAAUAUCACAAGUUGUUCCACUCUCUUUGCUUGAAGGCUAUGGAUAGGAAAAUGGCAAUAGAGCAGCUAGAGGAAAUGGAGCCUAUGGAUAGGGAAAUGGUAGACAAUCAGCUAAGCAAAAUGGCCGCUGUGGAUUUGGAUAUGAUGAAAGAGCAGCUAGAGGAAAUGUAUAUUAAUAUUAGGGCAUUAUUUUGAUAGGAAGAUAGAAUCUUAAUGCAAAAACAUUUUGAGUUGAGAAAAUAUUAGGAAAAAAUGGUUUGGAGUCGGAUGAAUUUUUUUACUUUUUUUUAUAUAUAUUAUAUUAUUUAUAUUGAA